ACAUCUCCGUUUUCCACAAAAAAACUACCGUCCUGCUACUGGGAAAUCCUCAAAGUGGAAAGAGCUCCUUCAUUAAUUGGUUCACCGAAAGUUACGUUCAAAACACGAAUUCGAUUGCCAAGAAAAAUGAAAUUACCUACGUAGAUAUAAAAAAUAAGUUCAAAUUUAAUUUUAAGAGGUUAAAUAAUGCCAACUACCAAUUUGGGCUUGUGAACAGAUACAGGAAUAGGGGUGGAUCUUAUGGCUCUUCUCACUACAGUAGGGAAAGAUACACUCCUCAGAAUAAUACUGAUUAUAUGGGUGAUCCCAACGAAGAGGAUCUCUCCGCUCCUGGUAGUCCUAUACCUAGCAUGGAUAAACACAACCAAAGCAAGAAAAUAAUUCUGUCAGGAGAAAACUGUGAUUAUCUGUUCAUGCCAUUUCAAAAGCUACGAAAAAAGGCACAUAAUGUUAAGAAAUAUAUUUUUGGAAAAAUCUGCUACCAGAAUAAUCUCACCAAAUAUAUGAACAGAAUCAAUUCUGUAUCUUUUUUAGAUACCAGUGGAAUCAAUGAUAUAUCUGAUGUCGAGUAUGAUGAAAUUAUCAUGAAUCUGUCCAAAUAUGUAGAUGCAAUUUUCCUCUUUAUCGAUUCUAAUCAGUUUUCUAUAAAUAACAGACUACUUAGAAUUAUUAACUACCUCAUGGAUAAUCAGUUAAAUAAAGUCACCAUCUGUCUCACCAGAAUUGACAUGAUCCAAAAGGUUAACCUCUACAGAGUGGUCUUCUACCUCACUCAGUAUUUUUUAAGAAGCUUGAAUUUGUUUAGGUAUAGCUUGGCCAACACAAACGGGGCCACUUCCCUUGUACACGGGGCACAAAUCAAUCCUUACGGGGGUCACCACACCGGAGGGAACGAACACGGCGAACGGGGUUGGCAGAGCGAACGGGGAUGGCAGAGCGAACGGGGUUGGAGAGGCCCAUUGGAUUGGCGCAACCCACUGAGCAAAAACGGCCACAUUAUAAACGAGUUCUUCAAUCGAUCCAUUCGGUCCUUCCAAAAGGUCCUGCUGUUCCCCAAAAUGCUCACCAAAAUGAUUAGCCGAAGAACCACGCAACGGGGGAGUUUCCGCGGCGCCUUUGCCUCCAGGAGCUCCCUCCGUAGCGCGAGGGGGGAAGUGGACCGGGGCGACAUGGACGAUGUAGGGCAGUGCUACGGGGAGGAAGAAGAGGGGGGAUAUAACCAAGCAGGACGUAGCUAUGGUGAAGGAGACCACUACCACGGUGAGGGAGGCCACUACCACGGUGAAGGAGACCACUACUACGGUGAGGGAGGCCACUACCACGGUGAGGGGGAACCAUACCAAGACGAUCGGCAACUCUCCUAUAGGGGAGACCAGAAGAACUUCCCAACACAACACAGGAAAGGUGAACGUGUACAGGAGAAAACUACUAGCGAAGAAGAGACAGGCGGAAUUUUGAAAAAAAUUAUGACCAAAAGUUACAACUCGUUUAAGGACAAAAUACUGAGCUCGGGGAAUGCCAUCAAGGGGGGCAUCGGUCGAUUAAACUCGAUGCGAAAAGGAGGGCAACCCCCGGUGGGGAAAGCUCCCGUGGGAAAUGCCCCGAUGGGGCAGUCUCCUACCAAACGGACCGAUCCGUCCAAAUCAAACGAAAGGAAGCUUAAAACACACCUAGACAAGCUGUUCGAAAAAAAAAUAAACUACGGAGACUGCCUGAAAAACAUGAGCAUAUUCUUCCUUGUCCUCAUCUACGAAGUAGUAACUACUAUCUACAGUCUAAUCCAUACAAGCAUAAGCAACUACAUCAAUAGGACGAGUGGUGGUCGAGGACGAGCUAUGAACGUCGACAAGCUACACCAACUAGAUGAAGCAAACAAAUUAAAGUACUCCGAUAUGAACGAUAGUGCAAACAACACGUAUAAAGUGCUCGAAUUUUUAACCAUCUAUCUUCCCGAAAUUCCAAGCGACUUACUUAAAAAGGAAAAAUGGAAAUAUGAAAAGGAGAAGCUCGAAGGAGCUAAUCGAAAAUAUAAUCAUGAAAGAAGAAACAGAUUUAGCUGUAACAUUCAAUAUGAGCAUGAUGAGUAUGGGAGGAGAGUGAAAAAUGAUUUGUGUCGGGAUGAACAGGAUGACCACAUGGAUAGUAGGCAUGGCAAUUCGAGGUACUCUCAAAGGAGAAGCAUCCCGGAGGAGUAUCUCAUUUUGGGGAAUGGAAACGCUGGGCUGAACAGAUACGGGCACUACGCCAAAGGGGACUACCCCCGCGGGAGCUACUUCCCCGGUGUGGAUAAUGACGUGUGCCGCGAGCCCUUCCUGACGGACAGUGACCACCACGUCAACGGGAGAAGCUCCGCCUACCUCCCCCCGGGCAUGCGCAGUGGUAUGCACACCGGCGUGCACCCCCGCAUGCGCAAUGAAGACGUGCGGGAACUUAACAUGAUACACGAGCUGCUAUUCAAAAUAGACGAAACGAUCGACCUGAAGAGCAACCAAAGCAUCUACAUGCUCAAAAGAGACCUUGAAAAAAUACGAAGCACCUGUUUGAAAAGAAUCUCUGACAACGAACAAGUUGUGAAGCAAAACAGGUCCCUUCGAAUUCAAAACAUAAAAUUUUAUUUCUUCAAAUAUAUGGCCAUCUUUUUUGGAUUUAUCAUUUCCCUACUCAGAUACGACCUCCUCGUCUACUUCAAUUUUAUCAAGCCAGAAUUGAUUUUCAGCAUUUUUUCAAAAUAUUUCCUCUUUCUCUCCUCAUACAAUAAAAAUUCCCUGUUCAUUGCUGUGAACCUUUUUUUGGUGGUUGCUUAUUUGGGACUCUACGUCAGGUACAAUCGUCGUAAUUAUUUCAAGUCUCUUGGCAAGAGUGACCUGAACAAGCUAAAGAUAAUUUUGCUCUUCACGCAAAUCAUCUUCGAUGAGAUUAACCAGCUGCACUUGAGGCUCCUCGGAGGGCGGGAACGGGACGACCCGGGCCAACCCAGCGCGCCGAGCGGGCUAAGCGGGCCAAGCGGGCCAAGCGAAUCAAAUGGACCUAGCGACAGGGAAGAAGACGGCGACUAUGGAGAGUGCGGCUGGUACGGCGGCUACGGUGACUAUUCACAAUCCCGCCAUUCACGUCAUUCCCGCGGGU